AUGGCUUACAACAAGUCCUACAACCCAGAUGCGCUGCCCGCACACGCGGAGCCUGAACAGGUAGCGCAGAUGCUCAGUGCGAUGCAAUCUGGCCCCUCACAGCAACAGCAAAACCCUCCCCGACCGUCCCCCACUCCCUCUUCCGGCGGCGUUCCACCUCGAGUUCCCGUCUCCAGCACUUCAAGCCCGCACUCAUCACGUCCUCCUGCACAAGCUCAACAUCCGUACAACAGCAAUAAGCCGCUCCCUCCAGCCGGGCCCCAGCAGAGCACACAUGCAACGCAUCCGCUGCAUCCGUCGCCGCCUCCCCAGAAUUACGGGUUCGGGCCUCCCCCGUCCCAGCCGGCGCACAAUCGUCCACUGCCGUCCUCGCGCCCUCCUCGGUCGCCAAACCCACCCCCGCUGGGUGUCCCCGAUGAUGAUCCACAGCAGCUUUUCCCCCUGUUCCGCGCCGCCAACUCGUCGCAUUCGGGGGCACUCACCGAGAUGGAGCUGGGCUCCGCUCUCGUCAACGGCGACUACACUUCAUUCCACCCUCGUACCGUUAUGAUGAUGAUCCGGCUGUUUGAUCGCAACAAUAGCGGGACCAUAUCCUUUGACGAGUUCGUCUCGUUGUGGCGUUUCCUGGCCGCAUGGCGCGAACUGUUUGACCGGUUUGACGUCGACCGAAGUGGUCGCAUCAGUUUGCAGGAGUUUGAGAAUGCGCUGGUUGCCUUCGGAUACCGCCUGAGCCCGCCAUUUGUAACGGUGCUGUUCACCACCUUCGAAUCCAAAGGACGACAGAUGAACGGGCCGAGCAAAGGCCCACCGUCGACAGGGAUGAGUUUCGACCUGUUUGUGCAGGCCUGUAUCAGUCUCCGGCGCAUGACAGAUGCGUUUAAACGAUAUGAUGACGACCGUGACGGGUAUAUCACGGUCAGCUUCGAAGAGUUUUUGACGGAAAUCCUGCAGUUGCUGGACUAG